GCAGCAUGUUGUCCGGCUAGCGUGUCCCCGGCGCCGCCGCUUCCUCCUCCUCCUCCUUCGGCUUCUCCUUCUUCUUCUCCACCUCCUCCUCUUUCUUCCCGCAGCGGGAUCCGGCGGCGCCCAGCACGUUCUUUUGUGGUUGGUGGAAGUAAGUCUACGCUGAAGGGAUGCAAGAGGAGCAACAGCCUGAGGCUGCUGCAGAUCCAAUGUCCUCCUCUGAUGCACCAGAAGAUGGCCCAAAGGAAACCUCAAGUGUAUCACAGAAUAUCUCUGAUGCAGAUGCAUUUAAAAUUCUCCUGGAGAUGAAGAUGAAGAAGAGGCAGAAAAAACCUACUUUACCAAGCACUGUGACUGAGCUUGGCACUGAGGAUGGUUCAAAAGUCUAUGUGGUUGGAACAGCCCAUUUCAGUGACAGCAGCAAAAACGAUGUAGUGAAGACAAUACAAGAAGUGCAGCCUGAUGUAGUUGUGGUGGAACUAUGCCAGUACAGAGUUUCUAUGUUAAAGAUGGAUGAAAAGACGUUACUAAAAGAAGCCAAAGAAAUAAAUCUGGAAAAACUUCAACAAGCUAUAAAGCAGAAUGGAGUCAUGUCUGGAUUGAUGCAAAUGCUGCUUCUGAAGGUUUCUGCUCACAUCACAGAACAGCUGGGAAUGGCCCCAGGAGGAGAAUUCAGGGAGGCUUUCAAAGAGGCCAGUAAAGUACCAUUCUGUAAAUUCCAUCUUGGAGACCGACCCAUCCCUGUUACAUUUAAGAGAGCGAUUGCUGCGCUUUCUUUCUGGCAAAAAGUGAAGCUUGCCUGGGGCCUUUGCUUCUUAUCUGACCCAAUCAGUAAAGAUGAUGUGGAGAAAUGCAAACAGAAGGAUUUACUGGAGCAGAUGAUGGCAGAAAUGAUUGGAGAAUUCCCUGAUCUUCAUCGAACGAUUGUCUCCGAGCGAGAUAUUUACUUGACCUACAUGCUGAAGCAAGCAGCAAAGCAGAUAGAACUACCUCGAGCCUCCGAAACUGAACCUAGAAGAUAUAUCCCAGCUGUUGUAGUUGGAGUUGUUGGGAUGGGUCACGUACCUGGAAUUGAAAAGAACUGGAACUCUGACUUAAACAUCCAGGAAAUAAUGAGUGUGCCUCCUCCAUCAGCUUCAAGUAAGAUUUUCAAAUUUGUCAUAAAAGCCACAGUAUUUGGACUGAUGGGAUACGGCUGCUACCGAAUAGGUCAAAGGACGGUUCAGUUUAUCCUCUCGAUGCCAGCAGCACAGAGCUACCUUCAGAAGCUGACAGAAAUCAAGUCUCAGCAUUGAACAUGGAGUGGAGGCACUAUGUGGAGAAGGUGGGACAAAGGAUGACAGGGGCAACAGCUGUGAACCGGACUGAAGGAAGAGGGAGAUGAGGAUUCCAGUCGGAGGUGAUGGAUGCUGAACAACGUCGAAUCGCUGUAUAAUAAGAGAUUUGAUACUAAAGUUACACCAGCUAUGAUCUCAUGAAUAGGUUUGGUUCCUGGUAAGCGAGUUGCAUGAAACCACAUGAUUCCAGAUUGAGGUAAAAGAAGUAUGUACGCAAAUAUAUAUAUUAUAUAUAUGCAUACUGUAUAUAUAAUAUAUAUUACUGAUGAUGUAGUACGGACAGCUUAAAGAGUGUGUGUUCACGACUUUUCCGGAGGAACAGAACAACACAAAGUAACCGAAUUGGCUGCAUCUGCUCCGAAGUUCAGGGACACUUGUCUUGAGUGGUUCUUCGCUUUUUUUCCUUAGGUAUGAUAAUACCUAGUGGUCGUUUCUGGUGCCAGACACUUUUACAUAUAAUUUAGAAGGACAUCUUCUCAAUCUGUGUUUUAUACUUCAAACAUUUAGGCUUUUUUUAAACUUAAGAGCUUUCCAGAAAUUUCAGAAUUGUACAGGCUGUCAUACGUACACUGCUCCAAUUUUUUACGAGCCUUACUGAAGAACAGGAACGUUGCCUUUAGAUUGCAUCCCUUGUUACCGCCACCAGGUGAAUUGUCUUUCUCCUGCAUAGAGAAGGUAGGGCCACGCCAUCAGAAUGCAAUGUGGUUUGUGUCAGAUGUUUACAGGACACUGUGUUCCUUUAGAUUAGCUUAUUUAAACUGUCUUAUUUAGCCAAAUCCUGCUGGAUUCAGUAUUGUAAAUUUAUGUGACUAGAACUACUGUACAAUUUACUUCUGUUUCUCGGACCUUUCAUUAUUGGGACAAGAAGUCUGGAAUUGGUUGUACCUGCCCCUCACUUUUGAUACAUGAAAAUAUUUUAUUUAUCACUGUAAUUUCUCAGUGAAUUAAUAUUUUAAUCUAUUUAAUAGAAAAGCAGUGUUCAAUUUAGUUUUUCAAACUAGCUGUAGGGUUUUAUUUGGAUUAUCUGUUAUUUAUACAAAGAAUUAUGGGUACUUCAGACUGCUAUGAUUUUCUUGCUUAAUUAUCUAGGACAGCCAUCCAUCAUCGAUCUAUUUAUUUAUUUUUUUUUAAUCCUAGGUUCUAUUUCAUAGGAAUUUUUCUUGGUACCCUUUAUACAGGGUUGUCAGUGAUUGUAAAGCGCCCCCUGCAAUCAGCUCAUCCCAGUCCAACAGAACAAAUAACUGUAAUUGUCAUAUCAAAGUUUUAACCUGAUGUAUUUGAAUGGAAGAGUCCCGUUCGCUCCUCAGGCUCAUCUAAAGUUGCUUAUGGCUUAAAGUGAAGUUUUUAUCUGUAUUAACUUCUUUUGGGAAUGAAAGGUAGGAACCAGUGUGUGAGGCAGGAGGAGGAAAAGGUGGUGAUGUAUUCUGUGUUUAUUUGUUGUUUUCAGUUGGUUCAACAAAAUCAACAAAACGCUUUUAGUAGGGUGUAUUUCCAAGGCCUUGUGUUGGAAAUUGUCCUAUAUGGUCUGUUGUUUGCUGAAAGUAUGUAGAUGGAUCUUUUUAAAUGAAAUUAAGGGUCUAAUGCUCCUCUCUGUGGUGGCACUUGACUUUGCUGGGAGCUGGUCUGUCCGUGCAGCCCGAGGCUUUUUCUGCCUUGCACUUCUAAAAUGUUAUGAGUCCCAGCACAGCAAAUCAUUUAAGUGCAUGUUUAUCUUUAAACCUAUUAAAUCAAACCGGAUCCUGCAGAGCUCUUGAGACGAUGCUGGGUGCUUUUCUGGGUCUGGGCCUUAGAGUCGUGCAGGGAAUAAACCUUAGCGAAUGACGAAUGGCAGCAACUCACGCUUCAGACACAAAGUGCAAACAGUAAUACAGAAUACAGUGGAGGCAGGUCCUUUUAUUUUCCAUCUGUCAGUGCUUGAGAAACCACCAGCCAUCUCUAGCAGCAUUUGUAAACAAUUUAUAGAUUAGAGUGACUGCCUGAAUUUUGAUUCCUGAUUUUUUUUAAAAAAGAUUUUAUGUAUUGUUUACAUUUAAGCAGUCCUAUUUGAAUAAUUCUAUUACAUUUUAUGUACAUUUUUAAAGGAUGAAAGCAAAAGCUUAAGCUCAUUUUUCUCCUGGCUUUGCUGACAUACCAAAAUCUUGUUUUGUUAGUUGUCUUUUUGAGAAUUUUUAGCUGGUAGAAUUCGAGAUAUUGAUGUUUUGCUUUAAGUUAUCUACGGAUUUUUAAGGUAUCUGCAGAUAUUUUAAAAGUUCUGUAGAUCUUUGAUAUCUGUGCUCAGGUAAUUUUACACAAAGGAAAACAAAUCUAAGGUAAAUUUUAGAUAUGAGCCUUAAACUAGGGUGGGACUAAUGCUAAAUGAUUGUCAUGGAGCAUUCUUGCAGACUUAAUGUCGUGUGCUUUUUAGCCCAAAGUGAUUACUCUGUAAAUUGUCCGUUCAUUAUUCACUUAUUCCCUCCAGUUAAUACCUUAAGUCUGUUGUUUCACUCGGUUUUCACAAAGCAUAUCAGCAGAUUCUUCAAGGAGCCUGUUUGUGGAUGGAGAAUUUGCAAUUUAUCUUCCCACUAUUGCAAACUGGCAGAUCAGCCCCACGCACUGUCCACGCAGCGGCCCUGGAAAGCCUGAUGAAUUUGCAGAACUCACAAUCCUGUGAAUCCAUACCCCAAUGCUCAGUGUUGCGUAUUCCAUGUGCUGUGCUAUUUAUGUAACAUAAUCAGUGUUUUAGGUCCAUUCUUUUCUGUUCUAGUCAGUCCUCUCAGUGUUAACAGCAUCCUGUAAAAUUUAAACACGUGUUGAAUUGUCCCAGCCCCGCCUCAACCUUAUGAAGCCAUAUUGUAUUUUUUUGGUGACAUGUACAUCUGUUUUAUGCAUUUGUACAUGUGGUGUAAAUUUGAAGUAUUUUUAACAAUGUGUGCCUUUACUCUAAAAUGAUUUAAAGUAAACAGCAGUAUGUUCUAUGAUAUAAAAAAAAUAAAAUAUUUUAACCACCA